AUGAAUAUUUUGUCGUUCCAGCUAGAUGGCCCAGAUUCGCCACGGAGAGCUUUUUUAGAUAGUCUGUACGAGUUGGAAGAUCAACUCAAACCCGUGUACUUCCAGUCCAACAAGCCUAGUAGCAUUGAUCCGUUAAAGGAAAGCAGAAAAAGGUGGAACCAACAGAACACUGAGGAAGAAAUACCACGUUAUAUUGAAAAAAAUGGAAUAAAACGGUACAGAGUGCAUACGGACCCUAAAGAGAGGUAUGUUAAUGCCUUUCCUAGGCUAGCUGAAGAAUGGGGUAUUAUAAAUCCUCAAGAAGAAACGCAUGUAGGCGCUUCAGAGGGUGAUUAUAGACAGAAUAAUAAGGAACGAAUUGAAGACAGGUAUCGAUAUGUAGAUAGAAUACCAUACCAGGGUAAGUAUGAAAACAAGAGAAACGACAGACUUUCAAGAAAUGAGGAUGGAAAUAGCAGUUCUGAUGAAAGUGCUAGUUCGGAAACUCAAGAACGAGAUAUCUCAAAUAAUAAGCAGGAGAUACGCUCGCGAUACGUGGUGGAUUGGAGGCGGAACGCAGGAGGAGGGUACGGCGCGCGUUAUGCGGCGAGGCGGGAUAAGGAGCUGCUUGCGGAUGGCAUGUCCUCGUCGAGCAAACCUUGCAGUUGCCAGUCGGAACACUCCCUCGUGCCUGAGAUCUGAUUAAUUAAGAAGUUGAUUUUG